UAAACAAGACGAUAUCACAUGAUAUACUCAAAACACACAUAUUCGUUUUCUUGUACGUAAAUGUAUCAAAACUAUUGGUAUUCUUCGAUGUAACCAAUCCUGAAGGAAUACUCACGAUGCUACUUUUUGCAUUCCUGAUCAUCCUUGCAUUCGCAACACACGGCCAGGGCUGCAAUAGGACGCCUUUAAGAGAAGGAAAGGAUAUUAUGCAUUGUGGAUAUAAGGCUUGUGACCUCGGGAAACCUGGCCUAAUUAAUAUUCAUCUUAUAUCCCAUUCUCAUGAUGAUGUUGGUUGGUUGAAGACUGUUGACCAGUAUUACUAUGGAUCCAAGAACUCGGUCGCCAACGCUGGUGUGCAGUACAUACUGGACAGUGUGAUAGUGGAGUUGAUGAAGGACCCUAGCAGACGUUUCAUCUACGUAGAAGUAGCCUUCUUCUAUCGAUGGUGGAAUGAACAGAAUGAUUUCAUUCGGCACCAAGUGAAGCAGUUGGUCAAUGAAGGGCGUUUUGAAUUCAUCCUUGGCGGCUGGUGUAUGAAUGACGAGGCUGCUACCCAUUACAAUGCUAUCAUUGAUCAGCACACCCUCGGACUGAAAUUCCUCGAAGACAACUUCGGCGAAUGCGGCAGGCCACGAGCCGCCUGGCAAAUCGAUCCAUUUGGACAUUCGAAGGAGCAAGCUUCACUAUUCGCUCAGAUGGGUUACGAUGGCAUUUUCUUUGCAAGGAUUGACGAACAAGACAGGGUUAAUAGAAAAGCAACAAAAACUAUGGAGAUGGUUUGGCAGGGUAGUAACAACCUCGGUGAAGCAGCGGAUCUGUUCACAGGGGUCUUCUUUACACACUACAGUUCGCCAUCUGGCUUUUCGUAUGAUUCAUCGAGACGAGACCAACCCAUCAUGGAUGACGAUCGACUGCACGAUGGUAAUGUCAAAGAAAGGGUUGACAAAUUCAUCAGCUUGAUGACUGAAAUGUCUUCGAGGUAUGCAACCAAUCACUAUCUCCAGACAAUGGGCGAUGAUUUCAAUUAUAUGAAUGCGAACAUAAAUUUCAAGAACAUGGACAAGUUGAUAACAUAUGUAAAUGCGCGGCAAUCAAAGGGAAGUAAGAUAAACCUCCUCUACUCGACGCCAACAUGUUAUCUCUAUGCCCUCAAUCAAGCUAACUACACAUGGCCAACCAAAACAGAUGACUUUUUUCCAUAUGCUCCGGGACCUCACAUCUAUUGGACCGGCUAUUUCACAAGUCGACCGGCGUUGAAAUACUAUGUUAGGCAAACCAAUAGUUUUUUACAGGCUUGCAAACAGUUGGAUACUUUGGCACAGUUGGGAGUCGAGCACAACAGUGAUAUCAAAGUGGGAGUGUUAAAACGAGCAAUGGCUACCGCUCAGCAUCAUGAUGCAGUCAGUGGAACUGAAGUUCAAAAUGUUGCGGAUGACUAUGCUUUACGACUGGCAAAUGGGACAGCUGAAUGUAAGGAAGUGGUCAGUGAUGCUCUCCAAAAGUUGAUGGCAAAGUCAGGCACGUUUCCACCUCGUCAAUAUUUUUGUAACUUACUGAAUAUCAGUAUGUGUAACUUCACUGAAACCAGGACUCAGUUCACUGUUACGAUUUACAAUCCUCUUGCCCGGCCGAUCAUUCACUGGGCACGGAUACCGGUUGAAGAUGGUCCAUAUGAUGUACUGGGUCCGUAUGCAGAACGAAUAGAAACGCAGGUUAUAGAUAUCGAAAACAGAACAAGAUCUAUCCCCGAGAGAAAUAGCAGCAAGUCACAGAAGGAAGUCGUCAUGAGAGUUCAUCUUGAACCACUUGGGUUCAGCACAUUCUUCUUCAACAAAACCACACUAGAUGCAGAUUCUGCCACGCGAAGAGUUGUUCGCGCCAGUCCAUCGGUCUAUAACAUGCGCAGCAAUCAACGCCGAGAACAAAUUACCACUUUACAGAACCAGCAUAUCCUUAUUGAUGUGGAUCCCGUGACUGGAAUGUUGACACGCAUGGUCAACAAGGACAAGUUACUGUCUAUCCCACUCCAGCAGUCUAUACGUUACUACUCAGCCAACCAAGGCAAAGGCCUCAAUCCACCAAAACCGCCAUCCGGAGCAUAUAUCUUCCGUCCAAAGGAGACAUUCCCAAACGCUAUUACAACCAAAGUGACCACCAAACUUGUACAGGGAAACCUAGUCCAGGAGUUGCAUCAAACCUUUUCCCCAUGGGCUACUCAGGUGGUACGACUUUACGACGACCAGGAGUACGCAGAAUUGGAAUGGACUGUUGGUCCAAUUCCUAUUGAUGACAAACAAGGUAAAGAAGUUGUGGCGUACUUUUCAACUGGUCUCGCGUCCAAUAAAACGUUUUAUACCGAUGCAAACGGUAGAGAGAUACAAACAAGAAUACGGGAUUUCCGUCCAACUUGGAAGCUUGGUGUAAAUGAGCCCGUAGCCGGUAACUACUAUCCAGUCAACAGCCGUAUUUAUAUUCAGGACGAAAUAAACAAAAGUGCUCGGUUCACAGUGAUGACAGAUCGUUCACUAGGUGGUGCUAGUAUAAAGGAUGGUGAUCUUGAGAUCAUGGUGCACCGCCGGCUUUUCAUGCAGGCCCAACAAGGAGGCAUGCAUGAGGCAUUGAAUGAGACGGGGUCAGAUGGGAAGGGAUUGAUAGUUAGAGGCAAAAUGUAUCUCUUACUCGAUACAAUCGAGGACUCGGGUCAACUGCAUAGAGAACUUGGAGAGAGAUUGUUCAUGGCACCGCUGACAUCAUUCUCGGACAAUCCUGGCUAUAAGACCUGGUCAUCGAACUACAAAACUUCGUACUCAGGUCUUAAGAUGUCUCUUCCGCCAAACGUACAUCUUCUUACCCUAGAGCAGUGGAGAGGAACGACCUUUCUUCUCAGGUUGGAGCACUUCUAUGAGAAGAACGAGCACCCAACACUUUCCAAGAACGUCACAUUUUCUCUGAAGGGACUUUUUAAACCGUUCGAAAUACAGUCUAUAGAUGAACUAACCCUUGGUGCUAAUCAGAAACUCGAAUAUUCGCAUCGACUUAAAUGGCGUUAUAACAGGUCGACAGGCUCAAGUGACGCGGAAAACACUCACAAGACUGAACAAUAUAAGGACAAAUUUGAUAUAACCCUCACACCAAUGCAAAUAAGAACAUUCCAGGUUUCCAUAAUGCAACGAUAAGCAUGAUAAAAACGAACAGCCCUUCUGAUGCAACGUCACUAAACUACUAUCUUUCCCACAUCAAACAAGACAAGCAUGUGUGAUGAGAAGGACCCAGUUGAGAAACAUGAUUUAAAUAUAAUCAUGUCCGUAUUUAAUCAGGCCUAAAACAAUCAGUGUUGCAGCAGGGAUCAAAUGACUCCAAAAAAAACCCACUGCACAGCUUUUUAAAUUGCAAUCUUGUCCCAACGUAUCCAUAGCUUCAAGGUGCAGAUUGUAAUUUCUACCCAUGAACCACGAUUUAUCUCCUCUUGCCUCUCGAGGCAGUGCUUUGCUGUACAUCUUCUUGACACAAAACAUUCUGACAUCGCUCCGCUCUCCGUCAAUAAACGCUCCCUCAAGUGACUGAGUGAAGACCACUGGGAGACCUUAAUGAGUAUGUCAUUGAGCCCGCUUCGAAUUCCAUAUCAGGGGAUGCGUCGCACGUGCAAAAGAAGAAAAGUUGCCCCUAUGUACUGAUACAACGUUGCUUUUAGUAAACAUCAUCAUACUACGAAAACUAGAUGGGCGAGGCAUUGAAAAUGCAGGCUAAGCUCUUCAAUAGCGCUUUAUACUGUACAACACUAUCAAAGAGUAUUGCAUUCGUUCCCUCUCCAAAUGAGGCGUCCAGAAUGUAUUGGGCUCUGGGGCGCAAACUAUUGGUCGGAUUUCUUUGAAAUUUGGUUAUGAUGGACAAUACAUACAUGUACAUGUAAACGAAUGAACUACAGCAGGAUUUCUUUGCAAACCUGCUAUCAUAAUAAUAUACUAUACAUUUAUCUCAGAAACACAGUAGUGCAGUUUCUCUUUUACCAUACUAGCUAUCCAUGCGGUAAUCCCAGUGUUUAUGUUAGAGAAAGUAUGCACAGUGAAACCACUUCCUUUUCUAAUCCUCACGUUGGAAUGAUCUCGUUGGACUACGGUGCUGCAGACAGAGGGAAUGCCGACUAAGGUUAGAUAAGACACGAUAUAAGCUGUUUUAGACUUAGUAUGAUGCAUGGAAGUAUUUUUGGGAGCGGUACCAACUGAUUCCAUCUUCUCCCACACAAGCAAAUACAAUGUACCUCGGUCGUAUGAUUUUAACCAGGUCGUUUAAAACUUCCAAACGAUAAUUUGUAAUAAAUGAUAAUUCCAACAUUAUCAAAUUUCACAAACAACCUCCUUGAUUACUAAUUUACAACAUGUUCUUUGAUGUGCUUUACGUCGUUUGAACCAAAAUUUAUUAGUAUUUUCAAAAGUCUAAGUAUUCUGGAUAGCGCCACUAAGAAAAAGGAAAUCGAUGGUGAGUAACUACUGAUUAUCUAUAUGUAAAAAGCAAUAACCAAAUUGGGUAAAUUGAUCCUUGAUAUUAGCCACUAUACUUCAGAAAAAUACUUGGUUGACACUCUCUCAUCUUCUUCACUUGCUUUGUCUGGUCGCUGCUCGCUUCAUGUCCUCUCGUCGACGAGAUUGACCAGCGUUUUGCUCUUGCUUUAUGACCUACAUUGUCUAGUUUUUCGAUAGUUUGCCGUUCCUUUUCUUUGCUGAGCCUUGCUGAAAUUUUGUUUCCAGCUCUAAAAAUUCAUAACUUGUUAUCUUCUGAAUUCUUCCGUAAAAAGAACGGGAAACUUAAGAACCACGCAGGUUUAGUUAUUCUUCCUUUGAAAUAAGCCAGGCGGCUUCGUUGUUACAGACAUUUUACUUUACGACUGCAGUUGCAAUAUUGUCAUCUCAAUAUACAUAUUUGCAAAAUGUUUACCGUCCUCAUACCUCUAAAAUGACCAAGGUGUGUCGGGUUUAGUGGAGUUGUCCCAAAACGAGUUGAUAUUGUUGUGUUAAUAUUCAGGAUCAGACAUUUUAAAUAGUUAAUCAAGCUCUAAUAGAGGCUCAUUAGGUCACUUUAUCUUAAAAAGAACCUGACUACCACUUUUUUCUGUUUAAUUGCAAAAUAACCACUGUUGUCACAAUUUCUGUUCCUUGUGUCCGUUGAAGUAACGAGGCGGCAUUACUCGAGAAACUAUGUCGAGCUUCUGCCGACGGCGGUGCUGAUUCGAGCGUCACAUGGGAGUAUUGCCAGGGUGUCUUCUGCGGUUCUUCGCGUUAUUUCAAAGUUGCCGUUAAAGUAUGUUGAUAUCGACUUGUGUAGCAUUGUAUGCAGCAUCACCAUAUGUUACGACCAAUGAGUGGUCACGGAGUGUCCGAGAAGUGGCCUCAGGUUCGACCCAAUAUUGAUCUUCUAUAUGUAGGCCUAAUCAGUAAUUUCUCUGUAAUUUUCACCAUAUUGUUGUCAAGUCGAUUUUAGCUAUGAAUAGCAGGAAUAAUACAGCCUGUCACCCGCUGGUGAUGGCAGAGUAUUCUCACUAUUGAUUGCUUGGGUUAAAACGAUACUAUAUCACUGAGAGCCGUAAUUAAUUGCUAUUAUAAUCGGAUCACCGCGAGAGCACGACGUAAGAGUGUUGUGAUUUAGGGUGACAACAUCGAAAGAAAUUACAUUUUAUACUUCUUAAGAGCACCUGCAAAAAGACUGCAGGAGAUAUCUCGGGCUUCGCGUGGCUUCAUCACUUGACCAACAAUAUUUACUCAGUUGUCACGAGAGUGCAAACUUUGAAAUUAUUCUGAUUGAAAGACAUCACACAAACACAUGCUGAUAGAACUGCGGGCGAUGCAGAGAAAAUUACUCUCAAAGAAAGGCAAGUACCUUGAGUGCACAUGAUAAUUGCUGAGAUCAGUGGAUAGUUUGUAGCGUGAGUAGUUGUCGGCAGUAAAUCACACUCAAAGCAUAUUCAUUUUGCACUUUGCGAUGUCUUAGGCGGCUAUUACGCGAUAAUAUCUCGUUUUGUUACUUAUGACAGAAUGUCUACUAACGAUAAUUUGACAGUAACAAGAAAUAGAUGAAUACAUUAUACCAAGAAUUGACAACGCAUCUUACUGGGUAGAGUUUUCUACGAGGCGUUCGGGAUGGUUAUAUCAGGAGGAUAUAUCUUAGCAACAGAGGCAGAAUGUCAUUGAGAGAAUAUGAUAUUAUAAUGUUAAAGCUACAUGUAGCGCCAAGGAAAAUAUUUUCUGAUGUAACCCGUAUUGUUUUAAAGAAGAAUGUUGUUAUCGUUAGCCAUUUCUCAUCCAAUCAUAUUGAUGUUAUAGAAUGUACAAAAUACGUAUGAACAGCACAAGUCAAGUUAUUACCAGCGGUCGAUUAUACCAUCAUCGAUUUUAUGAAGCCGACUUAAUAAAAUUACAUCGCCUAUCACCCGUAUCGCAAUCCGUGUUACUGUCUUCACCCGUGCUUUAUCGUGGCGCGUGACUGCAUCCUUUACUCUGAUAACAUGGAUAUCAGGCUCCGUCUGAAGAUACACUUAUCACACAUUAUCACAAAUGAAAGAUUAUAUCAACACUUAUUUUUAGCAGUGGUAAUUAAGUUGAGCAAAAGAUUUUAAUUCAGCUACCUAACUGUGGUUUGUCAAAUGCAAGUCGAAAUGUUAUUUGCUAACUUCCGAUGCUUUUGGUCUUCCGCUUCCAUUGCUGUACCUAAGGCAAAUAAAGCU